CCAGCGGAGUGCUGGCAAAACCACACGGCUGGGGGUCCAAAGGGACCUUGCCGCAUUGUCCACUUGAGGCUGCGGGUUUGAACUCCACAAAGCCUCACCCGAAAAUCAACAACAAACUCCUUGCUUCCUCCAGCUUUCCUCCUCGCUACCAACUUCUACUCACCCUUAGCUCGUACGCCUCUCUGAUUCUUUUCUUUUUAAAGCCUCUAAAGCUUUUUUCUACGCGCAUUUUCUUGCUGCCUGCUUCUCCUCUCUGCCCUUCUUCUGAGAACCUUUCCUCGUUCAAUCUCACAUCACACGACACCCACGUCGCGACUCGUCCGUCCCAAUCAUGUCUUCACCAGCAGUCUCCAACGCUCCACAGGUGGACUCUAAGAGCUCAAAGAAGAAGCGUGGCAAGGCUGAGGCCGCCGCUGCUCCAUCCACCCCGCCAGUCCAGGAACCAACCACGUCCGCCGAAGCUCCUGUCAACGGCGCCUCUCAUGAGUUUCCCUUCUUGAAAGAACUUCAAAAGAGUUUGAGAAAUGCGACCAAGAAGCUUAAUGCAACAGCAAAGGUGGAUGCCAUUAUUGCUGAAAACCCUGGAGUGUCCCUUGAUGACCUUGUCACAUCCAAGAAAAUCAACGCCGAUCAAAAAGCGCAAGUCCUGAAGAAGCCCGUCCUCCAAGAGAAUAUCGCGUCUAUCGAAGAACAGCUCUCUCAAUUCAAACAAUAUGGCGCUUACUACAACGAUCGCCUUGAGAAGCAAAAGGAGGAACUCGACAAAGCUCAUAAAGAGGAAUUGGAUUCCAUCAAACAGGACGUUGUUGCCGAGACCUUGCAAGCUGCAGAGAAGGACUUUAGGGAGCGAUUGCUGACCCUCAGUAAAUUCUUGCGAGCUGCGGCAGCAAUGAGACGCAGUGGAGAUGAAACUUCAAGCGACAGUCGUGCUUUUGAAGGAUCACUGUUCCAGGUCUAUGGUGGAACCCCCGAAGCUGUGGACGCAAUGAACAAAUUGAUCCAGGGUGCAGAUGAGAAGGUCCCCGGUGUUGAAGGCGAGCUUCUUGAGGUUCCAUACUCGAGAGUCAAACAGGCUUCACUGGAUUACAUGCCUCCUACUGAGGCUACGUGGACCGAAGAGGCUCAGCAGCCAACCGAAUCCGCGCCCGCUGCUGAAACUAUCCAAACAACUGACCCAACCCUUGCGAACGCCGGCAUGACUGAGCUACAAGAUCAGACUUUGAUGGCGCAAGCUCCGACUUCAAACGGCGUGACAUCUGCUCCCUCUCAACCAGCAGAGACUGUUCCUGCUCAGACUGUUGUGACUAAUGGAGCUGCCAACCCCAUGGCGCAGGCUGCAUGGGAACCCCAGGCGUCAAUCACCACCUCCCAAGUUGGCGAGGAGUGGGUGAAUGUUGAGACUCCACCAAAGACAGCCGAAGCUCCUCCAGCUUCGACACAAGAAGUGAGACUAGCUGCUCCGGCCGAAGGAACUCAACCUGGCGACGGCUUCGAACGCGUUGUUCAUCACGCUAGACAGAACAGUGGACGUGGUCGAGGAUUCCGUAAUCGUGGUCCAAGAGGUGAUGGCCAUCGUGGCCGAGGACAUUUUCGUGGAGACCGCGGUGAGUUCCGUGGCCGCGGUCGUGGCCGAGGAGAUUUCAGAGGUGGGCGGGGACGUGGUUCAUACCAUAACCAAGGAGGCGAAGCUGCGCCGGCACAGUAAAGACGAAAAGCAUCUAACCUAGAAUGCGCAGUCAUGUAGGAAUCAGCCAAAUUGAUUUCCUGCGACGAGCUCUAAGCUAUGGUUCAAAUAUUUAUCCGGCAACCAAUGCGGUUCAGUCGGCGUUCUCCUAUGACUUUUGCUUUGAUCUAUAUGGCUUUGUGAUUACGAUUGACGGUUUCUCUCUCUCUCGCGCCCUUUUCCCUCUUCAUCCUUGCUCGCGGCCAUUUUCACAGUUUCCCCCCCCAAAAUCCCCAAUAUCUCAACAUCGCAUCUCAGCAUUCCACGAAAAUCAGCAUUUUCAAAAGAACGAAAUACAGGGAAUUAUAAGAAAGGCUUUCUGACUCUUUAGCGUGCAUUCGGUUUUUUUAUUUGCCUUUUGUCCCCCCGUCUUCCCCUACAUUUCGCCUUUGCUUCACAUCCAAACUUCUUUUCAAUCGAGGGGCUUGGUCUUCUCUUCUAUUUCUCCUUUAAUUGUACUUUAAAUGACCUAGCAAAUUGGGGUUUGGGAUGGGAUGGGAGGAAGGAGGUUUCUUACGACGGAGUUCACAUCGUCCUGCAUCAAUAGCAAUGGCACUAGAGUAGCCCGGUUCUCCAAUAUGAGUUGUCAGGUGAUUAUUAUGGA